GUAGUACCAGGUGAUGGGGUUUGGUGUUCUAGAUACUCAUCCGUGGUUCGAAGCUCGCUCCACACACAUUACCAAGACUACCUUAAUCAUCCAAGAAUCAUCGAACUGAUGGCGUUUGGGAAUUUUGUAACGGCGCCAAAUUAUUUGAACAUCUUGUGAAGUCGUUCGCGCGAGGACAUCAGACCAUCCACGGUGAUAGAAAGACCUUAUUCAACCUUCAGCUCUCGUAUAAGGCCAGCACGUCGAAGCGUGCUCUCGCCUUUUCAUCUCGUCUCAUCGCCUCUUACUCGAUCAAACUGCCACCGCUCAAACAGCCCACUAAGGCCACAUCUCCACGUUCUCAGCAGCUCUUCUCUCAGUCAUGGCUCGGCCUAAUUUUCUCGACCUCCCUGCCGAGCUCCGUCAGCAAAUUGCCUCUGAGACUAUGUAUAUCAGGAUUGGGAGGACGCAGUUCAGAGUCACAACACCGCUGUGCGGCGUCUGCAAGCAACUCGAAGCAGACAUCGAUGAGAUGCGCAACAGUUGGCUUCCGAGCGCGACAACUGACACGUCGAUUUUGCUAUCGUACACGAAGACCACAAACGCCCUCAGCUGCCUCAGCAUCCAUUACAACCAGCUGGCACGGUCGUCGGGCCGCUCCUGGCCGGGUAUCCUACACGUUCGACUCCGAUACUGGAGCAAUAUCAUUCCACCGCAGAGAUCUUCCCGCACAAAGUCUCCAUUGGUGUUGCUUAAAGUCGUCGACCUUGGGACGUUUCGUGCUCACGGCUUGCCUACCAGUGUGCAGACCUUCCAGUUAGACCUUGAUAUGCCUCCAGCGAUAGUGAAGUACCUCGAGGACUAUUGGCCAGGAGGGUCGCGAUUGCAGGGCCCGCCCAUAUAUGAGUUACAGCAGCGAUUUUGGUGGCAGAAUGUCGCUAGCGGAGUAGAAAAAGUCUACGCCUUCAUGAAGUCCCAUCAUGGGUGGAAAGAGGAAGGGUCCAGGGGACGCAAGUACAUAACCGUUGAUGGUCAGGAGAUAGAAUUCAAGGUGAUUGGGAAGAUGCCAGAAAGUCAGGCCGAAGCAAUGGUUCACGGGGAAAACGCAAAGUGGUGGAAGCUCGUCAACAGGCCUUCCACCAUGAUCCUGGACGGGUACUUGAAUGACCUAAAAUCGAUGCGACUGAAGAUGUUGGAGAAAGCAAUUGCGCAGGCCAAACUUAGCGAACAAGCCCCUCGUAAGAGGAAGAGGGAGGAUGAGAUGAACCCACGAUUAAAAAAGAGGAAGACAAAAUUGGGUAGGCCUGGACAGAGCUAGAAGAAGGUAGUUUAGGGCAUGUAAUGUAGGGAAAUUGAUGAGGAAGAAGGGUAAGAUAUGUCCAUGAUGUUAGGAGGGCAGAUGGUUCUCUUUAGGAGUUCAUCUAGUAUGCUGGAGUAAUGCCCUUGACGCCGCGAUGGGAGAUAGGCCCGUAAUAUCAAAAACGGCACGCGUCGUUUCGAGCCUUCGAACACAGGAUUGCAUGAAGAACAUCUUGGCGGAGUCAUUCUGCUCUUUCUUGCAGUCCUAGUGCAACAGCUAUGAUGUCGUAUAGGGGUUCCUGUCCGUCGUAAGCGGUAAUAUUCGCGGUCUCACCUGUGGCG